AUGAGCUCAGAGCAAACUGGGACGUACUACUGCGCUGUGGACUUCUGUGGACAAGUCCUGUUUGGGAACAGAACCGAAGUCAGGAUCAGGGAAGUCUCAGACAUGUUGGUCUUUGUCUUGAGUGGAGUGUCUGUGUUCAGCACCAGUCUGGUUGUUGGACUCUCUUUCUGCUUGUGCACAAAUAACAACACAGACAGAUCCCUGAAAGGUGCUGCAGCUAAGGCAAAGGAUGUUCCCAAACGUCUGCAGUACAAGGCCACAGAGCAGGUGAACAGAAGGAGACAGUCACAUGACACAUGGAGCGAGUGCGUCUACUUCAGUGUGGAGCAGUGA